AUGGCAAGGACUGACAAGGACGUGGACCUGGUGCUGGCCGUGGCGCCGCAACCCGUGACUUUUUGGCUGGAGCUGGGGUCCUACGAGGGCGGCUCUGCCAUUGUCACGGCGAAGCGCGUGGCGGCGCAGAAGCUGGAAACCUCGGUCAUAGCCGUGGACACCUUUCUGGGCGACGCCCGUGUGCUGUGGGAGCGUGACCCCGAGGAGCGGCGCAAGCUCCUGCGACCAGAUGCCUCCAUCGCUCUCUUCGACCGUUUCCGAACGAACGUUCACCGUGCCGGGCUACAAUCUUGCGUGCUCCCGGUGCCGGCGACCUCUGUGGUGGCGCUGAAGCUGGCGAUCAGCUUGGCGCGGCGCAAAGUGGCGCCGCCCGGCGGCCCGGCCAACGCUGGAGAGCCAUGGGCACAUGCCUGA